AUGAUCAGCGGUGUCCUCUUUCGCAGAAGUAUUACUCUUCCAUACCUAAGGUGCCUCAGACCAUUAGAGUCAUCCCAGGCCCUUGCUGAAGUUCAUAAAGGUGUGUGCAGGAAUCAUCAAGGAGCCAGCGCCUUGGCCUUUAAACUCGGACGAUAUGGGUACUAUUGGCCAACUAUGAAAAAAGACGCCUUAGAAUAUGUUAAAAGAUGUGAUAGGUGCCAGAGCAAUAGAGUACUUCACAAAAUGGGUAGAGGCCGAACCUCUCGCCACAAUAUCGAAGCCCAAGCUAAGAGCCUUCACUUGGAGAUCUAUCAUUUGCAGAGCAAUGGUCUGGCCGAGGUAACAAAUCGAAUCAUAUUACAAGACCUCCGGACAAUAAUAGGCAAUGCUAGGGGUUCUUGGUCCGACGAGCUGCCUUCUAUACUUUGGACGUAUAGAACAACUCAGAGGACAACCAUAGGAAAAAUCCCUUUUAUGUUAGCCUAUGGCAUUGAAGUAAUGGUCCCGGUGAAAAUUAGACUCCCGAGCCAUAGGAGGCUCGUGCCAGAAACCUCGGAGCAUACAACUGAACAUCUUGAUCUCUUGGAAGAAGUACGGGAGCAAGCUGCUAUAAAGGUGGCCUCUUACCAAACUAAGACAGCAAAACAUUUUAAUAGCAAAGUCAAGACUCAGAGGUUCAGAGCUGGCAAUUUGGUCUUGAGGAGGGCCAAAGCAGCAGGCCACCCCCCAGGAAAGCUCGGGCCCAUCUGGGAAGGGCCAUUUGAGGCCAUACGACAACUAAAAAUGCUGAAAAUUUCCAAAUGUAUAUGUUAUACAUCACGAAAUUCACAUACAUGGACUAUAACGCAACAUGCCAUUCGUUAG